GCUGAGGUCUCCACAGCCCACGUCCUUGACUAAAGGUCGAGCCUGAGCUCCGACAACACACAGGGUGAGGUCUGAGUCCACUGAAGGCUCUGUGUAGAAGAAACCUGCUCCUAGAUGCCAUUCCUAGCAAACACGGGACAUGUUGAACAUGAUGAGAGCCAUCAGAGUGAGUGAGUUUGGAGCCCCGUCGGUUCUCAGACUGUGCGCAGAUGUUCCGGUUCCUCAGCCUGGACACAGACAGGUGCUGAUCCGUGUCCGUGCCUGUGGAGUGAACCCUGUGGACACGUACAUUCGCUCUGGGACGUACGCCCGUACGCCCAGCCUGCCGUACACACCGGGCAGCGACGCGGCCGGAGUGGUGGAAGCAGUGGGAGAAGGAGUCUCUGCCCUGAAGGCUGGAGAUCGCGUUUACACCACGGGCACGUUGACCGGAGCUUAUGCAGAGUUCACUGUAGCAGCUGACGACUGUGUCCACAAACUGGCUGAAGGUUUAGACUUCACCCAGGGAGCAGCCAUGGGGGUCCCUUACUUCACUGCCUACAGGGCGCUGAUCCACAAAGGCUGCGUAAAACCUGGCCAGACCGUGCUCAUCCAUGGUGCCAGUGGAGGAGUGGGGGUGGCUUCUUGCCAGUUGUCUCGUGCUCUGGGUCUCAAGGUGUUGGGAACAGCAGGAACAGCAGAGGGAAUGAAGCUGGUUUUGAAGAACGGAGCUCACCUGGCGUUUAACCACAGAGAGAAGGACUACACUGAUAAGAUCAUGGAAGCCACUGGCGGCAGAGGAGUAGAUGUGAUAGUGGAGAUGCUGUCAAACGUCAACUUGAGCAGAGACCUGCAGGUGUUGACCUACGGAGGACGAGUCAUGGUCGUUGGCUGCAGGGGCCCUAUAGAGAUCAACCCCAGAGACACCAUGGUUAAAGAGAGCAGCAUCACAGGGGUGUCGCUUUUCUCUGCUACACUGAACGAGAAGCAGGAGUGUGCAGCGUUUCUCGACUCUGGGAUGGAAGCUGGUUGGUUGCAACCAGUCGUCGGUGUCCAGUAUCUGAUUGAGGAGGCCGCCCAGGCCCACCACGACGUCAUCGAGUCCAGCGGAGCUGCAGGAAAGAUGGUGCUGACCAUGUGAUGAGAAGCUGCUACAUCAGGCUGGAAAUGUUAUCGGUGCCGAAGACACAAAUGAUCAGCAAUGGCGAUGAGAUGAACACGACAGACACAGUGAGGUUAAAUUAAACCUACUGUACCUCUAUGUUAUUUCUCUGUCCUUGUUCAUUAUUGAGUUGGUGAUAAGUCACAGUGGGUGAACCUUUACUGUACGCUCAUAUAAGUGAUCUAAGAUGAGUCAUUGGAAUCAUUAGAAAGCAGAAUGAGCUUGACUUUCUACUCUACAGAUCCUGCUUUAAUCACCGAGCUGCCAAACUGGUUUUUAACCCAACUGACAUAGCAAGUAAUAGAGUUGUGUAUUUACAUCAGGGGAGUUGGUAAUUCAAACAAGCAAUACUGAUAUUGUGUUAUUAUUGGUUCACUACAAUCAUAUUUUCUAUCCUUGUUUAUAAAGCUGGUGACAAGACUGUAACUAUGCAAAUGUACAAUAUCCUCACCUUCAAGGUGUAGAACUAGAAAAUGUGCAUUUCCUGAAGGACCGAUGUGCUGCUGCUGCUAUGAUUCAUCAUUCGAUUAAUCCUUUAAUAUAACCACACAAACAAGCAGAACCCUUGAGCCAACUAAGUUCUUGGCAGAAAUGACUCUGCACCAUAGAACUGGCCACAUGGCAGAUGUUGAGGUACAAUUAUGUGAAUGUGAGGAAAUGUAAUAUAAAUGGAAUGGAUGCUGCAAAUAUGAAGUAAUUAUGAGUGCUGUCAUAAAAAUUGACUAAACCGUAAGUACUUACAAACAAUAGCAGGACUAUAUAAUUAUAAAAUCUAUAUUUAAGUGUCUUUGAACAAAAAAAGGAACACAUUGUUUAAAUAAAACAGACUCACUCAAUCAACUUCUGUUUUUCUUGCCUGUUGGGAAAUCGUAAGCGAUUUCAUCUUGUCAGACAUAAAUAUUUACUGAUAACUGAUGUCUUGUUUGAAAUCUAGUGGCAUACCUGUCAACAAGUUGUAUUGUUUCCUAGUGUUUUCUCUAUGUCCUCCUCCAGACAUAGCACAGUCUAUCUGAAAUAAAAUCAAGAGAUGAUUAAACCCA